CAGGUGCCGCUUGUCAACACAGUUUUAAACAGCUGACUUUUGUUGAUAGUUUGCCGAAAAACACAAAUUAUUUGCCGAAAUUGAACAAUUUCUUUUGAUUUUCAAACAAAACCAGUGACUAAACAAAACGAAAUGGGAACCUGGGUGCUAGAGGUGGCGAAGAUGGGCAUGUACAUGGCCUUUCCCGUGACGCUUUUCCACAUCUUCAACCAGCCCGAGUAUUUCGAGGAAUGGGUGACCAAAAAGAAGCGUGAACUGUAUCCACCAGAAAGCAAAAGCCACCACGAGGAGCUGCAGCGUGCGAUCCGGGAACACCAUGCCCAACACGACGCCAAAAUGUUGAAGGCCAUGGAGGAGGCGGAGCGCAAGAAUUAGAUAUCAUGAUCCAUAUCCCAACCUGGAGUAAAUCCCUGUUAUAUAACCGGGGGCAAUCAAACAAACGAAUACCUCUCCCGGUGCUCCAAAAUCGGGAGUGACUAACCCAACCGCUUUGUAUUUCUAUGCGACGUAAUAAAAACUUGUGUUGUAUUGUUAACCGAAAAACA